AUAGCCACAGACUGGUGCUCCAUAGAGUCAGCCUGAACCAUGGGCUGGCAGGAUCUUCGGCCCCAGUUCUACCCUGCAGGGCCCCUCUUCAAAAGCAGGAAGUCAGAGUUCACCUAAGUUGAACAGAGCCCAACUGUAAAACCUGAGUGCUUUGGCUGCAGAGGUACUGUGGACACAUACAUUUAUAUUUUGCUGUGAGAAUCUCUGGAGGAAGGGGUUAUCUGAGUUUGAGGGUUUGAUGUGGGUGGGUAUGAAACUUCAUACCCAGGCAGGUGACUGUUUUACCUUCAUCCACGUAUGUAUUCUAGAGUUUUGUGCUGCCAUGUUUUAUUUGCUCAAAGGACCCAAAGAACAGUCCUAACCUGGCUAUUGGAAGCAUAACCCAGCUCGUGAGAGCAAGUGUGGCUUAACCUCAAAACUUCUUGACCCAGAUGGAGGGUAUUUGUGUUUGGAAUUUCCACAGAAGAAAUCGCCAGCAUGCUGGAGACAUCCUUUGGUUUUCCACUGUCAAAAGACCUCCAUCAGGAAAUAGCCCAGUGCCUUAAAAGUUUCAGUCAGUGUGAAGCUGACAGGGAAGUGGUAGGUUUCCAGGAAUUAUUCAGUUCUUUAUUUGAAACUCAGGAAAAAGAAUUUGUAACACAAGUGAUGAAUUUCUUUGAAGCAGUUUACAUUUAUAUUGCUAACAUAGAACACUUGGUAAUAGCUUCAUUCUGCGUGAAGCAUUGUCACAAUCUAACUACACUUCGCCUGUGUAUGGAGAGUACUUUUCCCAAUGACUCAGGAUAUGUUUCAGAACACAAUGAGAAGCUCAUGUAUUGACGGGAGCUUUGCUCAAUGUUCAGUAAGAACAAGAAUUUCCAGAUGUUAGACAUGGAGAACACCAGCUUUGAUGACGCCUUCCUGGCCAUUCUUUGCAAAGCGCUGGCUCAGCCUGUUUGUAAACUCCAAAAACUCAUGCAUACUUUUAUGUCUAACUUGGGACAUUAUUUAGGGCUGUUCUUCACAACCCUCAUCUGAAAAUUCUGAGCCUGUGUGGCACUAGCCUCCGCCAUACCGAAGUGAAGUACCUGUGUGAGACGCUGAAACACCCAAUGUGCAAGACAGAAGAGCUGAUACUGGGGAAGUGUGACCUCUCCCAUGAAGCUUGUGAAGACAUUGCCUCUGUUCUGGCCUGCAACAACAAGCUGAAACUUCUCUCCUUGGUAGAAAAUCCCUUGAGGAAUGAAGGCAUGGCAUUUCUGUGUGAAGCUCUGAAGCACCCGAACUGUGCCCUCAAGAAGCUGAUGUUGAUGUACUGCUGUCUCACCUGUGUCUCCUUUGAGGCCAUUUCCCAAGGACUUGAGUGCAGUAAUUCCCUGUCCCUCCUCAAUCUGGGGUCCAAUCAUCUGGAAGACAGGGCAGUGGUGUUGCUGUGUGAAGCGCUGAAGCAUCCGGACCAUAGCAUACAGGAGCUGUGGUUGAUGGCUUGUUUCCUUACUUCCGAUUACUGUAAGGACAUUACUGAUGUUCUCAUCAGCAAUGAAAAACUGAAGAUCCUGAAACUUGGGCAUAAUGAAAUAGGAGAUACUGGUGUGAGACAGUUAGGUGAAGCUUUGAAGCAUCCUAACUAUAAAUUAGAGUGUCUUGGGCUGCAAACAUAUUGGAUCACCCAUGCCUGCUGUGAAGACCUCGCCGUGGCACUGGUCACCAGCAAAACGCUGAGGAGCCUGAACCUUGACUAAAUUACCUUGGACCCUGAGGGAGUGGUGUUGCUGUGUGGGGCUUUGAGCCACCCGGACUGUGCCCUGCAGAUGCUGGGGCUGUAGAAAUCUGCCUUUGAUGAAGAAUCUUAGAAGAUGCUGAUGGCUCUGGAAGAAAAAUGUCCCCACCUGAGCAUUUCACAUGAACCUUGGAUUGAGGAGGAAUACAGCAUCAGGGGUAUGAUCCCCUGAUGGGGAGCACCCUGAAGUAGUCUUCUCACAAAGGCUUUCCUUGAUCAUAAUGGGCACUUCUCCUCCUGGCACCUCUGUCCUGUAACUGCAUGUCACAGUAGCAGGGCUGUGAUUUCAGGGCUACUCCCUGACAGUGUUCUAGCAAUAUGAUCAUGGAGUGUGAUUCAGUAGGUAUAUGCUGAUUGUCUUGGCCUAGGUCCUAUAUUCCCUUAUCUUUAGAAAUCCCAUCCUACUUUGUGACACUUAUAAAAAACAAGCAUGUUAAAUGAGUGCUAAAUGCUCUGGAAAGCAUGGCUUUAUUUUCUUAGAGGAUGUCCUGGUGUGUAGGAACAUGGAUUUGCAGGCCCCACAAUCCUGGUACUUCUGACGUAGAAGUGAUGCUAGAAUGUGUCUAUAGAUUGUAUUUCGAGUACCCAAACUUUCUAGUUUGUCCAGAUUUAGAUUUGAUCAAUUCUCUUGUCCAAUAAAAAAGCAUUUUCAAA